CAUUGAGAGGAAAAAGAAAGAAUCUCCUUUUCUUACUCGACCUGAAAAGUUCAAAAAUGAGUUCCUGCGCAGAGUGUUCCUUGGGAGAAAAUAGAUGUUUCUUGGGAAUCGUUCCCCUACUAUAUUAAUUAUUAAUGAACACGCCAAAAGUCUCUUGGUAUAGUGCACUGCAUCCCAUUUGAAACAUAAGAAGUUUACUACUUCAUAUGGUGCUCGUUUGGCAUCUUCAAGUGGACGGAUAUUGCUUCAGAACUGUCCUGGAUUUUGGUGAGGAUUGCUUAGAUGAGGGUGAAUCAGAUGAUGAAAAUGCAGAGUCUGGGGAGGAAUGUGCUUCAGAGUCAGAGGUUGAUGAUGAGAAUGAUGCAAGCAGUGAAGAAGAGCGGACAAGCAGUAAUGAGGGAAGAACAGAUUGCAGUGAUGAUGAUGGAGUAGAUGUUGAAGCAACUGCAGAAGCAGCUCUUAAAAAGCUUGUUCUACCCUUCAAAUCUGAAGAUUUUGAGAAGAGUGUCUUAGGGGAGCCUGAGAUGUCCGAAUCCACCAAGUCUGAGACUGUUGAGCCCUCAAACAACUCCAAGCGGCCUCUGAGGAAAGGAUUGCUUUGGGGAAGAUAUCAACGUCUGAUGGUCCAAGAAAUGCAUAUACUAUUAUUCAUGACAGAUGCUUAUCUAGUGGACAAAGAGGAGAGGAGUACGAGGUUAAUAAAGACCGAGUUGCUGUUAUUUUAGAUAUUGAUGACGAGAGCAAAGCAAAUGAAGAAGGGGAUGAGAAAACCAAGAAGCAGGUUGCAAAAGGAUCAGUUUAUUGGAUAGAUGGUUGGGGUAUAUCACUCUGCCUCUUUAUUAGUAACUUCAAAGCCGCCAACUCCGGGAAUUGUCAGCAGAGGAAUUGCAUUGGAGGGCUUCUGCAGUCUAUUGGCUGGAAUUUGGGGUUCAGGAACUGGGUCA